UACUUUUCAUUAUAUUGUCGGACGUUAUACCGAGGUUUGUGUAUACGCGAUUUGAAUUAGCCGCGUCAGUUAAAAAGUGUCUGCAACUGUUUUUUUUUCUCAUAAAUGUGAGUGAGUGUGUUCGGGGUUAACGAUACUUAUUAAUAUCCCCAAAAUACACACAUUUUAGUCCAUUGUCUCGACCAAGGAUCGAUCGUCCAAAUCUUACCUUUAAACCGGCAUCAAACGGCGAAUCAGUUCUGCUAAAAUACACCUUUGACUCAACGCAACCUGUAGAUGAAAUAUUGAUCCAUCAUCAAUUACCAUGGAAAUAGAAGAAAGUGGGCCCACUGUUGUUAGACAAACGAAAAACCUGUCAGUGGUGUAAUAAAGCGCGCUCCCUUUUGAGCAUUUUUUUAGCUUAGCCGAUACGCUUUGGAGUGGAUAUAUUUUCAAAUUUUUGAUACCAUGAAAAGCUGAUAACGACAAACUGGAAGGGAUGGAGACUAUGAGCGUGGAAAACGAGUGUAUAGGGGAUGCAGAGUUAGAAGCCAGCGUAAAGACGCUACAAGCCUGCCUAUUUCCUCCCCAACUGACUUCAAACAGCAGCUACUUUUCCAAUUUUUUUGUGAAAAGCUGCCAGACUGAAAUCGAAGAUAAUGAAGAGUUACGCAUAAAAAUUAAGGAAUCCUUUUCUUUCAAAGAAAUAUUUCCAGCUGCUCGAGACACUGCCUUUGUUUUACAGCCGCCGAGAUGGCCAACAGAAUGUCAGGUGUUAGAAGAAAAAAUUAAACAUAUCAACUACGUUCCUGCCUCCUCAGAACCGUAUUACUCGGUGAGUGGAAAUGAGUGUCAGCCAAAACCUUCAGGGGAAGAGUUUGGGGUAAUUGUGUACCAGUAUACACCAAUUAGUGCUGUUAAUUAUUUUAGUAGAUCAAGUGUGGGAGGUAGUAGAUAUCUCCUUACAUCCGCCAUCUGUCCAGAAGACGACAGUCUAAGGUUCGAGUCUAGAUUUGAAUCUGGAAAUUUAGCCAGAGCCAUCCGAAUUACUUCAAGCUACUACGAACUUCAUCUGAGAUCGGAUCUCUAUACAAAUCGUCAUAUGCAAUGGUUCUAUUUUAGGGUCACGAAUAUGAAAAAGAAUUUUUUGUAUAGAUUUUCCAUCACAAAUUGUUCAAAAGAAAGCAGUUUGUAUACAGAAGGCAUGCGACCUUUGUUGUACUCCAAGAAGGAUUCACAACUACAUUCAAUAGGAUGGAAAAGGUGUGGACAGAAUAUAACCUACUUUUGCAAUGAAAAUAUGUGUUCCGAAGAUCCUGAUCAACCCCAAACAUACACAUUAACGUUUACAGUAACAUUUCCACAUGAUGAUGAUGAAGUCUAUUUGGCACACUGUUAUCCAUAUACUUACUCAGACCUUCAGGAUCAUCUUGCUGAAAUACGGGCUCAUCCAGUUAAGCAAACGUAUAGUACAGUACGAUUAUUAUGUAGAUCUUUAGCAGGAAAUGACGUUUACUUUGUGACAAUUACGUCACCACAAGUUCCUGGAGAUUUAAAGAAAAAACGGGCUGUAGUAAUUACUGCCAGAGUCCAUCCGGGAGAAACACCAUCCUCCUGGAUCAUGAAGGGUAUUUUGGACUUCCUUACGGGAGAUUCCGCUCCAGCCAAAGACCUCAGGGAUAAAUUUAUAUUUAAGAUAGUUCCUAUGCUUAAUCCGGAUGGGGUCAUUGUGGGAAAUAAUCGAUGCUCUUUAUCCGCCAAGGACCUUAAUAGACAAUACAGAACUGUGAUGCGCGACGCGUACCCAUCGAUUUGGUAUACUAAACUUAUGGUUAGAAGGCUUUUGGAGGAAUGUGGAGUAGCAUUGUAUUGUGACUUACAUGCCCACUCAAGAAAACAUAAUAUUUUUAUAUAUGGUUGUGAAAAUAGGAGAGGAGGUGACCGAAGACUGCAAGAACAAGUGUUUCCUUUAAUGUUACAUAAGAACACUGCCGAUAAGUUUUCCUUUGAAAGUUGCAAAUUUCGUAUUCAGAAAGCUAAAGAAGGGACGGGCAGAGUCGUUAUGUGGAUGAUGGGUAUAGCAAACAGUUAUACCUUGGAAGCUUCAUUUGCUGGUUCCACUUUGAGUGCCAGAGUUGACACUCAUUUUACUACGCAGGAUUAUGAGCUAAUGGGAAGGUCUUUCUGUCAGACAUUGCUGGACUUUUACGAUGAGGAUCCUAGAAAAGAGAAACUCCGCGUAAAAAUAGUGGAAAGAUUAACUAAAGAAGGAUCAAACGCAGAUGAGCCGACCAACAUUCCCCUCAGCGAUUACUCGAGUGACGAAGGUGAUACGUCAAGCAGCAGCAACGAAGUUGGACAAGAAGAAAAAGAGUUGGUGGAGAUGCCCGUACCUCAACCUCCACCACCAUCACCAACGGUGAUCAAAAAAUCCGCUCGAGCAACUCACUCGUCUCCAAAUAGGAAACUCAAGACCACCUCUCGCAGCCCUGGAGCUCCUCGGAAACCCCUACCGAUUUGCAAGGCGACACUAAAACUAUCACUCUCUGAUAAAGAGUAUAUAGAUAGUAGUUCGUCAGAAAGUGGAGAAGAUGACGAGGAAGAAAAAAUUAUAAAGAUGCCUAGUAAAGUAUUCAGGAAGAGAAAAAAGAAGAAAAAAAUUGUUAAAAGGCGAUCUCAGACUCAUGCAGAACAUUCCGAUAGUGAAGUAAAUUACAAAAAAACGACUAUGGCAUCCCAAAGUAGUUUAUCCGUAUUUGAUUUAAUCGCAAAUGAGAAGAUUCCUUGUUGUCAAAGUACCACGCAACGAGCCAAGACCUCCCAGCCCAAGAUUCACUUGGAAAGAAAAAACGAGAUUACCAAACAGUUAGCGGAAGUUCAAGCGAAGCUGUACUCUUUAAAGAAUAAACUUUGGUUUGGCGUAGGACAAGGUGACUCUCCAUUAUCAUGGGGUGGAAGCCAAGUUUUCUUUUCGGCUCAUCAGAAUUCGCCACCACAAAAGAUAGUGAAAAAACAACAAAAGAAAAGCGCAAAAAAAAUAGAUAAGACCAUCAAAAAAGAGACCAAAUUGAGCAACGAAAGAAUUGAAAAAUCCGGAACGAAAAUUCUAAAUGGCUUGAAAAGACAAGCGGCCGUGUCAUGGAUCGCAGCAGGAAAAUCAAACUUAAGAAAGUCAAAAAGUCUACCGGACGCAUCCAGUUUAUUAGGGGAAAAAAUCAAAAAUAUCUCCCUCAAUGACGAACGACAAGUGCGAACUGAAAAAUCGAAGAAAAAAAAGAAAAAAGGAAAAUUUUCGAAAAAAGCUAAAGCUGUCAGCAACGCUAAGAUUUUCGUUACACCUACACGAGACUGAUUUAUAAUAUUAAGUCGUGUUUUCAACUUGUAUUGUUUAUUUGUAAUUAUUUUAAAUAAAAUAUAGGAAAUUUA